GAAGAAAAAGAUGGAAGAACACGUGAUUGCAAUGGAAGGAUCUAAUAUUCCAUUUCUACGUAAACCAAGGUCCGUUAUUAGCGACAGUGAGAGGUUGGAGAAAGUAACUUUGAGCUCAUUGGCAUUAUGCUUGGUAUUGGUAAUCUUUUUUGCACUAAAGAUAUCAACAUUUGGUGAUAAGUUCAUGACAAAACAUGAAUCACCCAUUUCGAUUAUUGUCACCUCUUUUGUUUUAUAUGCUCAAAUAUCUCUACUUGGUAUUAUAGUAAACCACCCAGUUAACAAGAGCAUCUUCGUAAUCUUAUUCAUGCUGCUUCCAUUAACUGCAACAUCAGUUAUAAUAAUGAUCAUCGUUUCAUGGACUGCUGCUAUCACCAUAUUCAUAUCAUGGAUGAUCGUAAUUGCAACGAUUGUUUAUAUUAACUGGGAAGAGAUCUUCAAUGUAAAUAUAGUUGUUUUGAAUACAUUUGGAUGUAUAACAGCAACGAUUUGUCUCAUUUCCUUACUUUGGAACUUUUAUUGCAUGUUGGAUGCUUUACAUUCUUAAUUACAUU